AUGUCACUAGAAAAUUUGUUAGAAGCUGAAGACCAUGAAGAGUUAUAUCAGCAAUUUAAUAAGAAAGACUUUGUUCAGACUGCUACAAAAUUAGAGCAAGUAAAAGAUGAAGUUGUAAUAUCAUCCUUAACUAGAAAGAAGCAGUUGAAUAUUUUAUAUAGUGUUCUUAAGAUUGUUUAUAAGAGGAUUGAUAAUG